ACAUGACUUCCGGUUUUCCAGUGAACCACAAUAACCGCUACAUUAGCUGUGUCAACGGAGGAAUAUUCGUGUAGUCAGUCCUUUUUCUGGCAUUUUUUUAGUCUGUCUUUUUUCUGUAAGAGUGUGUUACUGUAUUUAACAUGAAACUGCAGUGUAUAGUCGUCGUUGUGUGUCUCGGAGUGGGCGCUUUGGCCGGUAAAUAUUCGCGGGAGGUGAACGAGGCCAAACCUGCUGGUAAAGAUGGACAGACGGUGGAGUUCAGGAUAGCCAAACUGAACCAGGUGUGGGAGAAGGCUCAGAGGAUGCAGUUGUCACCGGUGCGUCACGCUGAGUUGCACAGUGACCUGAAGAUUCAAGAGAAAGAUGAGCUGCAGUGGAAGAAGAUGAAGGUGGAGGGGCUGGAUGAAAACGGAGAGAAAGAAGCACAGCUUCGACGCAACUUUAAUGUGAUCCUUGCCAAGUACGGGAUGGAUGGGAAAAGAGACACCCGGCCCCUGGAGAGCAAUUAUCUGAAGGACCAUGACACCAAAGAGGAAGAUAUGUUCGCUGAUCCCAGAUUGAACAAACUCUGGAACAAGGCCGAGAGCUCAGGGAAGUUCUCCAGCGAGGAGCUGAUGAACCUGAAGAGAGAGUUUCAGCACCACAAGGACAAGAUCCAUGAGUACAAUAUCCUGAUGGAUACCGUCAGCAGGACGGAGGAAAUCCACAAGAAUGUGAUCUCUCCCCUGGAGGGCGAUGCCAAAGAGCAUGUGCUGCACCAGAAGCACACAGAGCUAAAGCAGAAAAUGAGAGACCUAAACCAGGGCUUUGAGCGCCUCCGUAAGCUCAGCCACGAGGGCUUCAGCGAAGACAGCGAGUUUCGGGAACCCCGUGUGAUUGAACUAUGGGAGGCUGCAAAAAGAGCCAACCUCAGCGAGGAUGAGCUGGACUCUCUCAAGGAGGAGCUGCAUCACUUUGAGACAAAGGUGGAGAAGCACAGCCAUUACCAGGAGCAGCUAGAGCUGUCCCACCAGAAACUACGACAUGUGGAGGCUUUAGGAGACAAAGAGCACAUCAAGAGGAACCAGGAAAAGUACAACACACUGGCAGAGAAGACACGCGAGAUUGGUUACAAGAUGAAGAAACAUAUGCAGGAUUUGAACAACAAGAUCUCUCGUCAGGGACUCGAGCACAAUGAGCUGUGAGCGGUUUAGCUGAUGGUCACAUCAGUGAAGGUUGGAUGAACUGAAGGAACUGCCUCCCAAAGCCAAACCACACACAACCUGCACUGGGUACCCCAUUCCUAUUGAACUACUGUACAAGAAUCAAUGUUUUCCAUUGCUGGUUUUCUACUUUUCUAGUAUUAAUAGUUGAUUUGAUCACUGAAUGAAUGGAUGAAUGGUGAUUUGUAAGUAUUAUGAACAUGAGAUUUCUCUAGGAAGUCGCGUACUGAGUAUUGGGAAAGAUGCUCCAUCUGAACAGUUUAACAGACAUGAGGGCACACAUUAGUCUGGUACUUAUUUGCUUUAUUUUAUUCACAUCUAAUGACGGGUAAGAGUACGAGAAAUGUCUAGUUUAAAAAAAAAAACAAAACAUAGAUGUUCUGUCAUGAAGCCAAACUGUGUGGGUGGUGCGUGAGUGAUGGCCAGCAGCAGAUGAUGUGGUUUGGCUGCUGAGUGCUGGUUCAGGUCUUGGAGAAUGGCCAACCAACCGCAUCCUCUGAGUCCAGUUCGUGGGUUUAUUGGCACACUAAUGGUCAGACAAUUUGUCUACACCCAUCUGUCACGAGCUGUGAAUCCUAUACUACACAGGCUGUUACCGAUAUAGAAUUGAAAUACAAUAGUGUUACUUAAGAUGAUGAACCAACUACACAUCCAGUGAAAGAACUCUUCAACACUGAGCUGAAAAUUUAGCAGCAACCUUUUAAUAUUCAGUAACAUAGGUGCCAACAACAUACAAAGGUUAAUAUUUUAAAAAUAGAGAUAUCAUUAAUUCAUAUGUAAUGGCAUAAACAAAAGCAGGUAGUAUUUACAAGCAGUCCAACUGAUUUCAACAACUGUCUUGGUAAAGUUCCUCCUCACUGCCUCAGACACACUGGUGAUGAGCAGCCACCAUAAAAAUAAGUUAGAGUCAAAUAUUGGACAAUUUGUCUCGAUGAUAUGAUGAGGGAGGUGAGAAAUGGGAACACACAGCGUGCUUUUCUAUUUAUCAAUUCCUACCCUCUCACCGACCAGAUGCAUUGAUUACAGAGAUGAAUAAUGUUUGUUGCUGGCUGAUUACUCAGUCAUGUCCUGCUAGGGCCACAUGAGGCUGGAUUAAUAUAAUUUGCACCUGAGGUAUAACUCUAAGCUGCUUAUCAAUCGAAGGCUUUUAAGCUCUGAUGUGGAAUGAUAGCCGAGCAGGCAGGGACUCUUACAGUCGAUUAGGAGGCAUCAGUGCAAUGAGGGGGCUUAAUCUCACUGUGUGACAAAUCACUUGAAUUUUAACAAUGGCAGUUCAUGACCUCUUCCUGUAACUGUCAGCAAAUAGAAAAGCAGAGCAAAAGUAAGUAUAGCCACAUAGAAGCAGAUCCAGGUGAACAAAUUACAGUCUGAUGAUUUGACAAUAUACAAUGUGUCUCUAGACUCUGUUUGGUGCCAAUCCAUUUUAUUUAUGUCCCUCGGUAAGCAUUAGUGCCAUGCAGCCAAAACAAAGUCACACAGGACAAAACUAAUUUAACAAGAAUUAUGAGCAAAUUAAUUUAAGAAGAACUGAAUGUGGUAAAAACGGUACACACACAUAACACAAAUGUUUACACUGAAAGAGUUAAGUUGGCAGCUGAUUUUCUAUUAUCCUCUUAGUGGAAUGGAUUGUUUAGUGGGAAUCUCUGUACCCUGGCAGACCUGUGGGUGUUCAGUAUGACAGUGACUGGGAUGACGCAGAGUUCCAUUUGAACAUUAGCUUAUUCAGAGAGAAGGACAGAACCGGCACAGAAAAGGAUUUUGAAAUAUCAUCCAGUUUGAAAAGUCACUUAGGCGACCCUCGCAGCUUGCUCUCCAGCUGACUCAGUCUGUCCUCCCUGCCCUGAAUAUGCUCCGCCCCCACCCUCUGAGCUGUUUCCAUGGCAGUGCUGUCAAGGUGGGCAUACCUGAUGGAGUCGUCCUCUGGGAAAUCAGGCGGGAAAGCAAAGAAACAAAGUCAUCAUUAAGGUUUACCAUAUGCAUGAAACAUGCUUCUGGGUAGGUCCAAUUAAUCUUUACAGUACUGAGUAUGUUUAGUGUUAAAUUACUUUGAAUUAAGACCUUCACUUUUCCAUUUCAUACGAAGGAAUUUUAAUGCAUUAAAACUGUGCAGAUGAUCAGUGUUUUAAAUUGAUUCCAUUUCAGUCUAAAAUGUCAUUAUGCCUUACAGAUCAUACUCUAACAACUAAAUGAGAAUUCUUGUGUUAUUCAUGAAUAAAUUGUUUUUUAACAUUCAA